AUGCCACGCACAAAGCGAUCAACUAAAGGUAGACCACCACAACGAUUUGAUCCAGCUGAAACAACGAUGGAGAAUCGGGGUCGCACAAGAAGGCAGUUGGACCGAACCCAAGCAACCCCAACCCCGAACAUGCAAACCCAUCCAGAAGCUACGUAUAUACCAGCUGGUCCAUCUAGUCGACCCAUGCAGCCUCUGCAGCAGACACAACAUGAGGCCCAACCACUGCCUGCGGCCACAACACAACAUCAAGUCAGCCAGCAGUCAAUAAUGCAACCUGCUCCAAUACCUCAGCAGACCCAACAUGAGGCCCAUCCACUGCCGGCUGCCACAACACAUCAUCAAGCCAACCAGCAGCCAGUUGCGCAACCUGCUCCAAUACCUGCACAGUCACUGCAUUACACGAUCCCCCAAGCCCAACCACAGCAGACUUUCUUGUCAGGUCCAUCGCAUCAACCCAUUCAGCCUCAGCAAGCCCAACAACAGACUCCCACGACACAGCAAGUACAGCCCCAGGCCCAAACAAGCAAUGAUCAGGAAUCCGUACCAGUGCAUUCGGUUCAUAAUCUAGAUAAAGCAAUAGAUAUGCUAAAGUACAUCCAUACAGUUCGGUUGGGGGCUUCAAGGGGGGCCACAGGGUGGUACCAAUAUGACACGCAGUACCGUCUGCGGAAAUCUAUAGAUCCCUCUAGUUCUUGGGCAUUAGUUGAUUCAGAGCUGUGGUUGUUAUACAUGAAUCCUACUUAUCAGCUUGGAUUUCCCCAGACUCAAAGCACGCAACAGUGGCACCAUUUCCGGCAGGCUGCACCACACGCACAGACCUCACCACAACCUGUACCAAUCGAAUUCCAGAACCUCAUAUCCAGCAUGAAAUAA